GAGGACGACAGGCGGCAGUGUGUGUGGUGGUAGUGGUGUUUACCGCCCCUGGGUCUAGUGUCGCUGUCUUGACCCCUUUUUUUGUUACAUUUCUGCUAAGAAUGCGGGGGAGGACCAGGUCUUCCCGGGCAGAGGGUGCGUCUCGCUUUGCCGUUCUCUUCUCCCAGCCAUUGGGGAGCAAACGACAGAGGAGGUGGGUUGAGGGCCACCUCGUUGUCGGGCACGACAUGGCUUGCCUUUACGACUCCACGAGGAAGACCAGAGUCGCGGUCAGCCGCGGCUCGGGGGUCGUCCCCAAUCCAGUCUUCCAGGCCAUGCGGCGGGCCCACGACGGGCUGGACUGGCAGGCCACAGCGGGGUCCCCCCAGAUGGAACUCAUUUCGAUCAUGCAGCACUACGUGGUUCAGAUUACCGAGGUGAUGGAGCUGCAUCUGGUGCCCUAUGGGGUUAUUCCUCUUUCUCCGACAACGACAACGGGAGGGGGAGAGGCCAUGGCGGAUCCCUGUGGAGAGGGGGCGGGGGGGUUUCUUCCAGACGCCGGGUUAUAUUCACCGCGAAAGUCCUGCGAAUCGGCAUCGGGGCUACCACAGGCGCCGUCGCGUGCGAAGAGAAGCCGGAGUGAACUCAUGCGAGAGCUAAUCAAAGGUUAUGGGCAUUAUUACCAUCAAUAA